AUGGCGAGCAGGACCCCGUCCCCGGAAGGAGGGGAGGCGUUCGUCUACAGGGUGAGCACCGCCGAGGAAUGGGAGGAGUUGCAGAGCAAGGGGGCCACCCUCGGCCGCGAUCUCGACCGCCGCACCGGCUGCAUCCACCUCUGCACCCUCCGUCAGGUCAGAUUCCCGCUUCUCCCCUUGCCGGUUCUUGCAUGCUCAGAUCUGCGCUUGGAGGAUCUUGGUGGUCCUCCUAGGGUUCUUGAAUCUCAUUCUGGUCCCAUCGACCCCUGCAAUUCCGUAAUGGAAAGGGAGAAGGAAGUAGGGUUUCCUCGCCAUUUCACCCAUGAUCAGAUCUGCGCUUGGAGGAUCUCGGUAGUCCUCUUAGGGUUCUUAAAUCUCAUUCUGGUCCCACCGACCCCUGCCAGGCCGACUCCACCGUCCGGAAGGGGGAAGGAAGUCGUGUUUCCUCGCCAUUUCUUCCAUGAUCAGAUCUGAGUUCGGAGGAUCCUGUUGGUCCUCCUAGGGUUCUUGAAUCUCAUUCCGGUCCCACCGACCCCCGCAAGUCCGAUGCUAGCAUCUGGAAAGGGGAAGGACCUGGGGUUUCCUCGCCAUUUCUUCCAUGAUCAGAUCUGCAGUUGGGGGAUCUCGAUGAAUCUUGUCCCUUUUUCUUGAAUUUCAUUGCAUUCGUGGGAAAAUCAGUAGUUCAUCCAAUUAUUGUGCCUGCUACGGAGAUCUGGGCGGAUUCCUGAGGUUCUGCAGUUUGGGAUUCUGCAGGUGAAGAUGGUUCUGCAGAACCAUUUCAAGGGGAGAGAAGAUCUUUACCUGCUUCAGAUUGACACCAGUAAGGUACCAAGAACCCAUCUAGAUGCUCUCUUCACGCGGAAAAUUUGCCAAUAAUUUUAUUUUUUUUUAAAUGUAGAAUACGUCUGGCAUAUUUUUCUUGGAUGCUUUAAAAAGUUAUAAUUAACUCCCCUUUGACUUUUCUGCGUCAACUCACUCUAAAGUUUGUUGUUAUAUAUAUUAUCGAGGAAAAAGAAGAUAUUUCUUCGGUUGUACUUGGAGAACCCAUUUUAAGCCUCCGUUACGGAGAAAGAUGACGGCAAAAAUCAGAGUUUUUUAUGUUUAACUUUUUAAAUUUCAACACUAGUCAACUCCUUUUGACUGAAUUGGGUCAACUUUUUCAAAAAAUUGUCAACCCCUUUUACGUUUUUGUUGGGAUCUCCAUGUCUAAAUAUCAAAAUAAUCCUAUUUACUUCUAUAAUUAUUAUAAUUAAUUAAUUAAUUAAUUCCAUUUGAGUUUCAUAAUAAUUAUUAUUAUGAUUAUUAUGCAGCUAGGGGAUGGGCUGGUUUAUGAAGCCGUGGACGAGUCCAAUAGCUUCCCGCACUUCUACGGCCCGUCCAGAAGCUUCGACCCACUGCGGCUUGGCGCCGUCACCACGUCAGAGAAGCUGCGGCCGCAGGUCAACGGGCAGCUGACUUGCGGCUUUCUGAGUUGA